GGAAGUGACGCCAGAGGAAGUACAAGGGACGGAAGGGGACUGCCGGUAAACACGGAGCCUAAACAGUUCUCCUGUGUUUGUGAGAAGAGUAGGGGGCAAGGAUGUCGGAGCGAAAAGUUUUAAACAAAUACUACCCCCCUGACUUUGACCCGUCAAAGAUCCCCAAGCUCAAGCUCCCUAAAGACCGGCAGUAUGUGGUGCGGUUGAUGGCCCCCUUCAACAUGAGGUGUAAGACGUGCGGAGAAUACAUCUACAAGGGUAAGAAGUUCAACGCGCGCAAAGAGACGGUGCAGAACGAGGUCUACUUGGGCCUUCCUAUCUUCCGCUUCUACAUCAAGUGCACGCGCUGUCUGGCAGAGAUCACCUUCAAGACGGACCCCGAAAAUACAGACUACACCAUGGAGCACGGAGCCACGCGGAACUUCCAGGCCGAGAAGCUCCUGGAGGAGGAGGAGAAGAGAGUGCAGAAGGAGCGGGAGGACGAGGAGCUGAACAACCCCAUGAAGGUGCUGGAGAACCGAACCAAGGACUCCAAGCUGGAGAUGGAGGUACUGGAGAACCUGCAGGAGCUCAAGGACCUGAACCAGCGGCAGGCCCACGUGGACUUUGAGGCCAUGCUGCGGCAGCACCGCCUGUCCGAGGAGGAGCGACAGAAGCAGGAGCAGGAGGAGGAUGAGAGGGAGACAGUGGCCUUAGUGGAAGAAGCUAGGAAACGAAGACGGCUGGAGGACUCCGAUUCGGAAGAGGAUGCUGCUGCUUCCGCCCCGCCCCAGCCGGCCCACCGGCCCAAACCCACCGCCAUCCUGGAUGAGGCUCCAAAGGCGAAGAGGAAGGUGGAGAGCUGGGAGAGGAGUGUGGGCACCUUUUGCAGCAGGCCUCAGCUGUCAGGCCUUGUCGUGGUGAAGAAAACAGACCUGGAUCGAGGGACCCCACAGGGUCAGCCAACACCUGCUCUGGGCGCUGUGAAUAACGGGAAGGUGGCAGACCCUGCACCCAGGACGCCUGGCACCUCCUCCCUGAGCCAGCUGGGUGCGUAUUCGGACAGUGAGGAUAGCAGCGGCAGCAACUGAGGCCCUUACCCAGGUUAGGGGCCAUGUCCAGCUCCAGUUGGUGACCGGGCAGGAGGCCUUGGCACCAACCAGAGCCACGACUGGACAACCAUGAACGUCUUCUUAGGCUGGCAGGGCCUAUUAGGGCUUCAGCUGAAGGACUCGGUUUUUCUCCUGUCCCUCCAACCACCAGCCCUUUGGGACCUCGAGGUCCGCAGCUCACGCUGCCCCCCACUUGGCACCAAGUUUAGGAUUGCCGACAUCCCUGGAGGAAUGCAUCCUCUCUUGGACAGUCCUUGCGAUGUCAGCCAUGUUUUGGGUGUGUGGGUGAUCCCAUCCACCAUCCCUUCCCUCCACAAAAUCAUCUGGAACCAAUAAAAGGAACCUGCAAAAAAAAAAAAAAGAAAAAGAAAAAUACUUUGGGAAUAUUGCUGCCUCUGGACAUAUGUCAAGGCAAUUCUUAUUAGAGGACACAUUAAAAUUCUAGAAUUGUGAAUUCUGUAUAUACAGUAACUACAAAUGGAAGACAUCCUGGCUAUUUUUAAUUCACAAAAGUAGAAAUUCAUUUUGCAGAUGAUGGACUCCGAACUCUAGUCCAAGCUGCUGAAAAAACUUUUCUGCUAACUGUCUUUACCCAGAUUGAACACUGGGAUUCUGUGGGAGGAGUGGGAGGCCAUCCACUCCCAUGGACUCUGCUAGCAGAUUUAUCACAAUGGAUCCUCUUUUGGAAUUUUUAAUAUACCAAAUAAGAGUCUUUUUUAAUAAAGUCCUGUUUAAUGAGUGUAAA